AUGAGGUCUGGCUCACUCGUUCAUCCGGAUCCUAGCCAUCCAUACAACCUUCCAACAUGGCGAAAGCUUCUGAUGCUUGCCACUGUCUCGCUUACCGCCUUUGCGGCUAACGAGAUGGCUGCAGCCCACUUGACUGCCUUCCACCAAGUCUCUGUAGCAUUCCACCGCACCAUCACUGCCACCGCCAACACGAUCGGCAUCGGCAUCCUCGGUCUCGGCACGGGCCCUCUCCUGUGGAAUGCCAUCUCCGAGUCCCUCGGUCGUCGCCCAGCCUACCUCCUCGCAUGGACGCUCUACAUUCCCUGCACCGUGUGGCUUUCCCGCGCGGGCAGCUACGACAGCUUUGCCGCCGCCCGUUUCUUCGCCGGCUUCACCGGCGCCGUCUCCCAGACCGUCCCUGCGUCGCUGAUCUCCGAGACGUUCUCGCCCGAGCAUCGAGGAGCAGCGAUCGCCGCAUGGACGGUGCUGCUCAUCGCCGGGCCCGUUACGGCUCCUGUUAUUGGUGCAGGCAUCUUGACGCGAACGGAAAACUGGAGGUGGGUGUACUACCUCACCGUCAUCCUGGCGGGUGUGCUGUGGGUGUGCAUUCUGCUGUUCGUCCCCGAGACGCGAUAUAACGAGAACCCUUCCUCCAUGCACAACGUCACUUCUGGCGAUGAGAUGGAGAAGAAGGACUCGCACUCGCUCGAGCACGGCACGUCGACCCCACCUCUCGCCACUGCAGGAACCCUCGAGAGCGGCAGCUACGGUCGGGUGGGUGCCGCCUGGUAUCCCUGGCAACAACCGCUUCGCUUCCUCGGCGAGAUCGUCGCUCCCCUCAAGAUGGCCAUGUACAUCCCGCUCAUCGUGCCCUCCAUCACGUACGCGGUCAUCUUCAUGUGGAGUGUUGGGUUCACCGUUGUUUCCCCUCAGGUCUUCCCUCGUCCCCCGUGGCUGUUCACCAACGUUCAGGUCGGUCUGGCUUUCCUUGCCGCUGCGGUGGGUGCGUUGAUCGGCAAAUUUGCCGGUGGCUACAUCUCGGACAAGACGGUCGACUUUUUCGUUCGUCGUCACUCGGGUUCGUCGGACGGAAAGCGCGUGCCGGAAUACCGACUGUGGGCACUGCUGCCGCAUGUGGUGCUGCUCACCAUCGGCCUGCUGCUCUACGGCAUCGGUUACGCCAAGGAGCUCUCCUGGCCCGUCGAAGUCAUCGGUGGCAUCGGCGUGUACUAUGUUGCCAACUCGGCCGCGGGUGGCAUCCUCCAAACCUACAUCAUCGAGUCGUACAUCACCAAAGCGGUGCAUGGCAUUGCGCUCUUCAACUUUGUCAAGUGCGUCCUGGCCUUCUCCGCACCCUUCUUUGUGCCCGAAUGGGCCUUCGAGGGAUUCACGAAGAGUUAUGUCGUCCAGGCGGUGGUCACUGCUGUGUUGACGCUCGUCACGUUGGUGGUACUGAUUGCGUUCGGCGGCAAGAUUCGCGCCGCACAAAGGAUGGUUUCCACCGCCUAG